AUGGCCAACACCAUCACGUGCUACCUGUUGGUAGCCGUGCUUGCCCUUGGCUGCGUGACUUUGCCAACUCUUGCCGCGAGUGACUGUGCUAACGUCAUCGCGCUCAACGUCAGCCAAACCCAAGACAUUGAGUGCGACGCCAGUUUGGAGCGUACGCCCACAGGCGCCACAAGCUACACCUACCAAUGCCAAAAUGGUACGAGACAUCUUGACUUGAUUGCUCUGCCCCGCCUUUGCCCAGCUCAGUGCACACCGCUGGACCGUAUUGAUCCCCUUUGCUCACCUGUCCUCACUCGCUUCGAACGCCCCCACGACCACGCUUCUAUAGCUUCGGGUACCCCGCGGUUGGUCUGCCUUAACGGCUCCGAUACGAAUUGCUCCUGCCUGUCACUCGUCCCUGCUAGCAUUGCAAUGCAGCUUGACUUGCUUGGUGGCAAUGCCACGGCCAUCGAGGACGACCGCCAGGCAUUUAGCGAGCUACUUCUUGAAACCAUUUACAAUGUCACCAUGAACAGCGGCCCCAGUUUCGAAAUGCGCGACAAUGUGACGGCUACAGUAACGGACGUCAAUGCAGUGGCCUAUGACCGUCGACGUGAUGCUUUCGACGGAGCCACUGUUGCCCUGCAGUUCUCCGCACUCGCCAUACCGGGCGGCUCUGUCUUUGACUUUGUCACUCUUCGCAGUGUGCUUGGCUCCCUGGACACCAACCCAUCGCCACUGCUUGACGCGCUGGAAAACGGCCUGUUCGGAAAUAUUGCCGCUCUGCGCUUGCGAUCCACGGCAUCCCUGUCCACAGCCGCCCCUACCACGCCCCCCCCUACACCGGCCGCAUCUGGUAGUGAUGAUGACACGAUUGACUUUAUGCUCUUCGUCAUCGUUGCCGCCGUCUUGGGCGCGCUGGUGGUCGUGUUUGGCGUCCUACUGCUCUGUUGCUGCUGCGGUCGCUGCGGCCGGUGCCGCCGUGAGGGCCAGCAGAAGACGCGCGUGGCCGCUGCCCCUGUCCCAGCGGCCCCCAACAGCGAACGCCACGUCAUGACCAACCCGCUGUUCAAGGGUGAAGCCCAGUCAGUGGCCAUUGAUGGCCUUUUUGAUUCCUCGACAGACCACAUGGGAACGCAAAGCAAAAGCACCUUCCUGACGCUCAACAAUUUUUCCGCUGCUGCUGUCGAUACGGACGAAACUCGCCAGCUACAGCUGAGCGGUACUGAUGGCAACGAUCAGACAGCGGACGAUGUAGAUGUGACAUUUGAUUUAGAUGCCGUGGCAGAUAGCGCGUUGCAAUCUCAGGAUACCGCGUUUGCCACGACAACCGCCCCCGCGGGCAUGCCCGAAUAUGACUCAGCUGUCCAGGAUGUCGACGCCGACAAUUAUGGCACCGUGACAGACCUCGCACCCCAAGGCACCGGUAGCGUGGCUACCCUCAGGGAUCGUUUCAACUCGACCAGCGGUCAUACCAACGAGGCUAUGUCUCCGGGGAGUGCCAUCCCACAAACUGGGGGCGUGGUGGUGGAAGAAGAAUACGUAACCAUGGAGGAUGCCAACCGCCCCAGCGGCUCGACUGAUUUCGGCUUUGGCAUGCCGACCGACUUUGACAACCAUGCGAGCCAGGAUGUUGUCGUCGAGGAAGAAUAUGUGACCAUGGACGACGCUAACCGACCCACAGAGCCAGGAUUGCCUCCUCCGCCGGCAGUGACCAGUCGUGAACCUGCAGCCGCCCCUGUGCCAUCUCGAGAAAUUGUUGAGGAUCUCCUUGAGGAUGAGUAUGUGACCAUGGAGGAUGCGCACCGUCCACCCGCUCCAAUGCAAUCCGCACCCCACACGCCCGUGUCUCCAGCAUCGAAUCCAAAUAGCGCUGCUGGCUCGGGCAGCGGUGUUGUACCGGUGCGCAGCAGCGACGAGGAUGGUUAUGCGCCUCUGCCUCCUCCCAAGGCUGUCAGCGUGAGCGUGAGCGCCGUUUCCACCCCACCCAGCACCCCCAGUGCGCUCUCUCGCUCACAGUCGGUCGCAAGCACCCCCUCCAACUUUGCGCGCGAGUCUUCGCGCAUGUCAAAGCGUGACUCGCGAUCUCGCGAGAUUGCCCGACAGGCUCGCGAAGCUGCCAUGAAGGCAGCUGCUGUUAAAGCCGCCAACGAGGCAAAGCGGCUGCGUCAUCCUCGCGAAUGGAGCUUCAACGAAUGCGUCAAAUGGCUCAAGUUUCAUGGUUUUGCGGAUUUUGUGGACACCUUUUACAAUAAUGGAUUUGAGGGUAGCCACCUUGUUCUUCUGCAGGCCCAGUCCUUUGCUGGCAUGCGUACCCACACACCCGAGCGUGUUCGGGAGCUUAUCGACAAGAUUGCAGAGCUCAAGGCCGCUGGAGCUUGGACGCCGCCGAGCGAGGAGGAAGGAGAUUUGACAUUGGCUCCGCUUGAAGAGGAAGCCCCGCCAAUCGAGCUGCCGCCGGUGUUGCCCCUGACCACGGAUUUGAACCCAACAGUCGAGGCCAGCGUGUCCAAUAUGGACCCCGAAGCUUUGGACAUGGCUCGCGUCCAAUACUUUUUAACACAAGAGCUGGGUCGCGAGCGCUCGGAGCUCAUGCUUAACCACGGCAAAGUGGCAGAUGGCAUGUUUUUAAUCCGCGAGUCCAAGACACGCGCCGGCACUUAUGUUUUGACCAUGGCCCAUGCGGGCACCAUUCAUCACUUUCCGAUUGAGCGCACCCCGACCAACCGGCUCAAGACCAACAAUGGCCAUCAAUUUGCUGAUUGGGAGGAGCUGGUUCACUUUUUCAAAACAAAGGACCGUGAGGGACUCCCGUGCCGCUUGACGCAGGCCUGCUCAUCGUAUGACCACAUGCUGACCAUGCCAGCCACAACGACGCAGGCUCCGAACGAUGAGCAAUUCGGCUUUGGUGAUGAAACGUAUGCUGCAAUUUAGGGCCCCCCUUUUUUUUCGCACUUGUGACUUGAUGCAUGCAUUCGCUGAAUGCUUUCACACCUGU